AAAACUCUUUUUCUCACUUAACACAACAAAUAACAUGAACUUCCAAUUUUUCUUCAAAUAAUCAAUCUUUCAUCCAAAACCGACACAUACAAAGAACAAAGCAUCACCUUUCUCUUUCACCUCAUUCUUUACCAUUGAUUCAAACUUCCAUUAUUUUUAUUACAUUCAUUGAACUGCAUUUAUGUUUUCUUACAGUUACCACUUUCUCCUAUAGUUCAAAGCCUUUCUCAAGUUACGUGGCUAUUAUUCUAACUCUCUAGAUCCACAACCUGGUGUCACCUUACCUCAAUCACAACAAAGUUGCGGAGCAAAUAAUUUGUAGGAAUACACUUUUGUUGUUUUUUCGGGAGAGAUGGGAAAAGGGUGGUUUUUGAGAUGGGUUUAUGCAGUGAUUGGGGUGAUGAGUUGGUGGGGUGUGGAAGGGCUUGGGGUGAACUGGGGGACUCAAGCCACACACCAGUUGAGAGCAGACACUGUGGUUGAGAUGUUGAAGGACAAUGGGAUUCAAAAGGUGAAGCUGUUUGAUGCAGAUGAGUCUUGCAUGAGGGCUCUAUCUGGGUCAGGGAUUGAAGUCAUGGUUGCCAUUCCCAAUAACCAACUUUCUGAGAUGAAUGACUAUGAUCGUGCCAUGCAGUGGGUGAAGAAGAAUGUCACAAGUUACAACUUCAGGGGUGGAGUUAACAUCAAGUAUGUAGCAGUUGGGAACGAGCCAUUUUUGAAAUCCUACAAUGGCUCAUUGAUGCAAGUCACCUUCCCUGCACUACAGAACAUUCAGAAUGCCCUCAAUGAAGUUGGUGUAGGAGACUACAUAAAAGCCACAGUGCCCUUAAAUGCUGAUGUGUAUGAGUCUCCAAUAAACAACCCUGCUCCAUCAGGUGGAAUGUUUAGGCCUGAUAUAAGUGACCUAAUGAUUCAAAUUGUGAAAUUUUUGGCCAAGAACAAUGCACCAUUCACAGUGAACAUUUACCCCUUCUUGAGCCUUUAUGGGAAUGACAAUUUCCCUUUUGACUAUGCCUUCUUUGAUGGGGUAGCUAACCCCAUAAAUGAUAAUGGGGUUUCAUACACCAAUGUCUUUGAUGCAAACUUUGACACCUUGGUCUCUGCCCUCCAAAAAGUGGGGUAUGGAGACAUGCCAAUUCUGGUAGGAGAGGUAGGAUGGCCAACAGAUGGUGACAAAAAUGCCAAUGUAGGCAAUGCGUUUAGGUUCUACAAUGGACUUCUACCGAAGCUUGCAUUGAAUAGAGGGACCCCACUUAGGCCAAAAUAUAUUGAAGUUUAUCUUUUUGGCCUCAUUGAUGAGGAUGCCAAAAGCAUUGCCCCAGGGAACUUUGAACGCCAUUGGGGAAUUUUCAAGUAUGAUGGAAAGCCUAAGUUUCCAAUGGACCUUUAUGGAAAAGGCCAAAACAAGUCACUAGUUGGUGCUCAAAAUGUGUACUAUCUUGAUCCAAAGUGGUGCAUGUUCAACCCUGAUGCACAGAACCUAAGCAAACUUGCUGAUAACAUAAACUAUGCUUGCACCCUUGCUGAUUGCACUGCACUUGGAUAUGGAUCUUCUUGCAACAACUUGGAUGCAAAUGGGAAUGCCUCUUAUGCAUUUAACAUAUAUUAUCAGACACAGGAUCAGAAUGACUUGUCCUGCAAUUUUGAAGGUUUGGCAAGGCUUACAACAAGCAACAUUUCAACACCAACUUGCAACUUUAUUGUUCAGAUAAAUCCUUCCCUUUCCCCUUCUUUGAGGCCAUCAAUAGUGGCUUUCUUAUCAAUCACUCUUCUACCCUUGAUUUUAAUGUUGUAGGGUCUUGUAGAUACAUCAUUAUUAAUAUUAUUAUCAUUAUUGUUAUAGGUAGUAGGAACUAUACACAUACAUGUGAUCAUGAGUUAUUGUACUUGAGAUAUUCUGAAUUUUGACUUUUUCUUCUGUGAUCUAA